AUGAAAUCGAUUAUCCUCUUGUCUUUGUUGGCUACUAUCGUCACGGUACUAUCAUUACAUAGUGUUAGCGGAGCUCCAGCAAAAUCAAAACGUGCCGCGAAUAACAGUAGUGCUAUACAAAAACAUCCAGUUUCGCCAAUUCGUAAACCUCACACACAGCAAACAGCAAUAUCAGGAAAAAUUACAUCAAAUCUCGGAACUCAUCCACAACAGAUCAAAAAGUCAGCAAAAUCUUUGCCCGUACGAAAUGUUCGUACGGUUUCUGGUGGUGCUUCGUCAAAAGCAAAAACUACUAGACGGGCUACAUCUCGAACCACUACUACACCCAAAACGAGAACGACUACAAGAAGACGUGCGCCAGUGACUCGUAAGAAACGUUUAUCUUCGUGGGAAUGGGAAUGA